AUGGAGCCGUGGCCGUGGCUGACGGCGGCGCUGCUGCUGCUGCUGCUGCUGCUGCAGCUGAGCCGCGCGGCGCGCUUCUACGCCCAGAUCAGCCUGUACUGCGCGCUCUGCUUCUCCGUCUCCAUCCUGGCCGCCGCCGUCUGCCUGCUGCGCCACGGCGGCCGCACCGUGGACAACAUGAGCAUCAUCAGCUGGUUCGUGCGGACCUUCAAGUACCUGUUCGGCCUCCGCUUCUCCGUGAAGGGGCGUGAGGAGCUGUGGAAGGACCGGCCCUGCGUCAUCGUGUCCAACCACCAGAGCAUCCUGGACAUGAUGGGCCUCAUGGAGGUGCUGCCGCCACGCUGUGUCCAGAUCGCCAAGCGGGAGCUGCUGUUCACGGGCCCCGUGGGCCUCAUCAUGUACCUGGGCGGCGUCUUCUUCAUCAACAGGCAGCGCUCCAGCACCGCCAUGAGCGUCAUGGCUGACGUGGGCCAGCUCAUGCUGAGGGAGAACCUCAAAGUGUGGAUCUACCCCGAGGGCACACGCAACGACAACGGGGACCUGCUGCCCUUUAAGAAGGGCGCCUUCUACCUGGCCGUGCAGGCCCAGGUGCCCGUGGUCCCCGUGGUGUACUCCAGCUUCUCCUCCUUCUACAACUCCCGGACAAAGCUCUUCACCUCAGGCACCAUCCAGGUGGAGGUCCUGGACCCCAUCCCCACCAGCGGCCUCACCGUGGACGACGUGCCCGCGCUCAUGGACACCUGCCACCGCGCCAUGCGCACCGCCUUCCUGCGCCUGUCCAAGCCCCCGCAGGAGAACGGGGCCCCGGAGCCGGCCGCCCCGCCCGCCCCGCCCGCCGCCCAGGCCGCCCAGUGA